GCCAUUUGCUGUUGCUGCAUCAUUGUUUCGAACAGUAGGAUGGCUCCGAGGUAGUUAGUGAAUAAGGUGUUUGUCCUGGAAUUCAAGGAUUAACGCGACGCUGUUCUGGUUGGCAUGAAGUAUGUGACCACAAAAAAUGUGAACAUUGCUCAAAAACCUCCCAAACCAAGCCGCUCUUUCUCUUAGCGACUGCUUUUCCUUGUGAAAGGUAGACUUUUUCAUAAUUCCUACAAUACUUCCAUAUCUUUUCCAAAGGUUUCUACAACUCUCAACACCACUCAUUACACUCAAUUCAAACUACUCAAACUACCGACGAACUCUCAAAGAAUAAACAGAAUAUGUCAGUCAACUGGGUCAUGCUCACCCCGGACGGGAAAGACAUUGUUCCUCUCGAGAAUGAAACCAUUUUCUUCCGUGAACAAGAUGUUCGCUUCGAGCUAGAUAAUUCUAAUGGCGGCUAUCCUGGAGCAGGGGUUAAUUACGCUUCAAAGAGCGGCACUAUCAUUUUGACGAAUCAAAGGAUCGUCUAUCUGUGCGCUGCCCCUACUAGUUUUUUCACUUCAGCUUCAUUACCAAUGAGCAAUGUCCAAGACAGCAAGUUGGUUCAGUCAUGGUUCUCGGCGCCUGUUUUCAAGGCAGUCGUAAUGCCUGUUCCAGGUGGUGGACUCAAACAGCCGGCCCGACUCUCUAUCACUUUUUCAAGCGGAAACCUUCAUGAAUUCGACGCCCAAUACAGAUCCCUUCGUGAGAGGCUACAAGAGCUCGAUGGAGCGGCGCCUCAACAUUUGGAGCAAUUGCCUGUAUACGCUCCACCUUCAGAACCCGUUCCUGGGCCAUCAGCAACCACUAGCUCAACUCCUUUCCCCAUGGCUACAGCAACGACCUCUGCGCCAGCUCCCCAACCCCAGCAUUUCCCACAUUAUCCCCCUCCUCCUUUGGAGGCCAGAGCAACAUCUUCAGCCCCUCAUUAUCCUCCUCCUCCUCCUCAGGCACAGCAACAGCCUCAACCACAGCCCCCGGCUGUUCCUUCUGACCUGCCACCAAGUUAUGAUGAAAUUCGCUAAGCUUAAAAUUACAUGAUAUGGGGAUUCUUUUGCUUUUCCCAUAACAUAUGACGCUUUAAAGCCAAAGACCCUUCGAGUAAAAAAAAACUUUCACAAGGACCACUGCUGAGAAAGGACAAUAAGUUGAAUUGGAUAUACCGUGCUUUAUUAUGCUAAUUUUUUUUAUACAGUGUAGGAGAAAAAAUAAAAUAAAAUAAAUGAUAUUAUGGAAAUACUAAUGCUUUUAAGCACCGAGAGCCUCGUUG